AUGGGCGCCUCCGUAUCCCAAUACGCCGACCGCUGGCUUCCCGCCCCUUUGAAUGCCUCGCCAACAGCCCCACCGCCUCAGACACUCCCAGCCUCCUCCCCUCUCUCCCAGCCGAAAGGCUUCAUGUCGUACUUUAUCCCCUCAUCGGAGCCCACACAUAAACACCGCCACCCCACAGUCCACGAUACUCAGCUCAUAUAUGCCUAUAUUGCCUCCCGACUGCCAGGGGAGCUGGUAGGGCGGGUGAUGGACGAAGCCGAGAUCUGGCCGGUGUGCUGGAGGGCGCAGCGGGCGAAAAUGGUCUGCCCGUCGAGGGUGAAGGGAGGGAUCAAUAUGCUGGACGGUGGCUUGUGGGAGACGGGGCAAGAAGCCGAAGUGGGGGAGGCUGCAGUGGAGAGAGGUCUCAGAUGUCGGAAUGGGGAAGCUUGGUAUCUUGUCUCAUCGCCGAUUGGGUGUUUCGGGGAGCAGGAAGAAGAGCAGGAAGCGGGGACAGAAGAGCAUGAGAGGAGACGGAAAGCUUGGGUAAAGAAGGUUGUCAUUGAAACAUCCUCCCGGGAUCAGGGUUGGUCAGAUCACAGACAGCAUUAUGGGACUUAUGAAGGUAGUCACUCGUGGUUUGAAAUCUCGCUGCUUAGAAAUGAUCAGGAGGUGCCGGGAUCGCGAGCAGAGAUACAGUUCAACGUUCAUGCCGGACAAUUCUUCAAGGAGCACACAAAUGUCCUUCUACGUGAUCACCCGACGUUGAGACUAGCAAAAGACGGGGAUAGGGUGGUGCUGUGGGCGAAGGCGUUAUACCCGGGCUGGGUGAAUGCAGUCAAGUAG